AUGUCGUGUGCCGCCGCAUUCUCGCUCCUCGUCACGCUCGCCGCCUCUGUUACGCCGGCGGCGUCUCAGGGAGCCGGCGACGCGGCCGUCCUGCGCGCCUUCCUCACUUCCCUGCCGCCAGUCUCCCAGCGCGUCCUCCUUCCAUCGUGGAACGCCACCACCACCAACACCAGCGACACCGGGCCGAGCCACUGCGCGUUCCUCGGCGUCCAGUGCACCGCCACGGGAGCGGUCGCGGCGGUGAACCUCUCCGGGCAGGGGCUGUCUGGCGAGCUCGCGGCGUCCGCGCCUCGGCUCUGCGCUCUGCGGGCGCUCGCGACGCUCGACCUGAGCCUGAACAGCUUCACGGGCGCCGUGCCCGCCGCGCUCGCCGCGUGCUCCGAGCUCGCCACGCUCGAACUCAGCAACAACUCCCUCUCGGGCGCCAUCCCGCCCGAGGUCGCCGCGCUCCCGGGGCUCGCCUACCUGAGCCUCAGCGGGAACGGCCUCUCUGGGCCGGUCCCGGAGUUCCCGCUGCAUUGCAGGCUCCAGUACCUGAGCCUCUACGGCAACCAGAUCACCGGCGAGCUCCCCUGGAGCCUCGGCAACUGCGACAACCUCACCGUCCUGUUCCUAUCCUCCAACAAGAUCGGGGGCACCCUGCCCGAUUUCUUCGGCUCCCUGACCAAGCUGCAGAAGCUCUUCCUCAACAGCAACUUGUUCACCGGAGAGCUGCCGGAGAGCAUCGGCGAGCUCGGGAAUCUGGAGAACUUUGUGGCCUCAAUGAAUGGCUUCAAUGGCUCCAUCCCUGAGUCCAUCGGGAGAUGUGGGUCUCUGACAACGCUGCGCCUGCACAAUAACCAGUUCACCGGGACAAUUCCGGCGGUCAUCAGCAACCUCAGCAGACUGCAGUGGCUCACUAUCAAGGACACGUUCGUCACCGGCGAAAUUCCACCGGAGAUAGGGAAAUGCCAGGAGCUGGUCAUCCUUGACCUGCAGAACAACAACCUUACAGGGGUGAUACCACCGGAGAUCGCCGAGCUCAAGAAGCUGCAAUGGCUGUCCCUGUACCGCAAUAUGCUCCACGGACCUGUGCCUGCAGCACUGUGGCAGAUGCCGCAGCUGGAGAGGCUGGCGCUCUACAACAACAGCCUAAGUGGAGAGAUCCCUGCAGAGAUAAACCACAUGAGCAGCCUGAGAGAUCUCCUCCUGGCAUUCAACAGCUUCACCGGCGAGCUCCCACAAGACCUGGGGUUGAACACGACGCAUGGACUUGUUUGGGUCGACGUCAUGGGGAACCACUUCCAUGGCAAAAUCCCACCAGGUCUUUGCACUGGAGGUCAGCUCGCCAUUCUUGACCUUGCAUUGAACAGAUUCAGUGGGAGCAUUCCAAGUGAGAUCAUCAAGUGCCAGUCUCUGUGGAGAGCCCGUCUGGGAAACAACAUGUUCAACGGAAGCUUACCUUCAGAUUUGGGGAUAAACACUGGCUGGUCAUACGUGGAAUUGGGUGGCAAUCAGUUUGAGGGGAAGAUACCAAGUGUGCUCGGUUCAUGGCAGAACCUCACAGUGCUUGAUCUGUCUCGGAACAGCUUCUCUGGUCCCAUACCACCCGAGCUCGGCGCUCUAACCCUUCUUGGCAACCUGAACCUGUCGUCAAACAAGUUGUCUGGACCAAUACCACAUGAGUUGGGAAACUGCAGGAGACUUGUCCGUUUGGAUCUUCAGAACAACCUUCUCAACGGAACCAUACCUGCAGAGAUCAUAUCACUCAGUAGCCUACAGCAUCUGGUACUCAGUGGAAACAAGCUCAGCGGAGAGAUUCCAGACGCCUUCACCUCAACGCAGGGCCUCCUUGAGCUGCAGCUCGGCAGCAACUCUUUGGAAGGAGCUAUCCCUUGGAGCUUAGGCAAGCUUCAGUUCACUCUCAGAUCAUAA